GUCCGCCGGAGUGUAUCCGAGAGCCGCAGACGUCGUUUCAGCAACUUGGAGUCUCCGAACGCGUGAUUCCUCCUCUCUUGCGUGGGAAAUGUGACUGCACGGUCGGCUGGACGCGUGACGGGCCGCGUUUGCGUGCGCAGCCGUUUGGCCAUUCAUGCUUCUGAGCGCAGCUGAUAAAGAAGUGUCGCUCAUAUUUUACAAUCCGUCGGACCACUUCCUGACAGCUCAUAAAGCAAUCAUCGCCGCAGAGAACUGCGCGCUGGAAAGAGCCCUGUAGCAGAGGACAGCCGCUGCAGAACGGAGCUGUUUUCACUCUCCGAGUGCCUGAACUGCGCUGAUCGAGACACUGGAUGUUAAGGAGGCGUGUUUUUUGUGAAAGGAUGAGGCAUUUGCACAGGCGGGCUGUGUUUCAGGGAGUCUCUGAGCACUCUAAUGUUCUCACUGUGGAAUGCUGCAGUUUCGUAAAGAGAUGCCCUGCUUCUCUUUAUUCUCGCAGAGGUCGGAGGUCAAAGGUCAAAGCCUGACAAUGAAGCAGGAAAAAUCAAGACACAUCCUGAGACUGGCUGUUCUUCUAGCCCUCCUCCGACAUGGAGUGAGUGAAACUGACAGGGACUUCCAGAUGUGCGGGACGUGGGCGCACAGCCGACGACCCCGAAAUCUCUGGUUUGACAUGAAGAAAGGGUGCGGGAACGUGACCAUCAGGGCCAACGCGAGCACGCUGUCGAUCAACGGGUGCAUCAUGGGCAGCUGUGAGAACUCCUCCACCAUCCCCCUGGGCUCAGCCCAGGGGAACACCACACACUUCUGUGUGUUCUUCAACCCCCUGCUGGACCUGCUGCAGGUGGAGGUUGGCAGGCAGAACCACACUCUCUGCGGGCUCGCGGGCCUUCAGGAGUCCUGCUGUACCGGGCUCUCGCGAGUCGAAAACAAACCAGCCACCGAGGAUUAUGGGAUAUGGAAUGGAAGCAUCAAAGGGGAUGUAAUGAAUGAGAAUCGACAGGAAAUGUACAUGUUCGAGGGUGAAAACAACAAGUGCAAAGCUGACCUUUGUAGAGAAGCUGGAGAGAAACCCCAGCGGGUGGACAGCAUAGAGAAGGCGGUGAUGAGGUCAGGGAAGAUGGGGAGGACUGACCUGCCUUGCGCUCAGGGGUCUGUGAUGGAGCUGAAGAAGGGGUCCCGUGGUCUGAAUGUCACCUUCACUCCGACGAAACGUGGACACCCCAAGAUGCCACCAUCGGUGCACCUGCCUCCUUCUCUGGUGUCCUCUGAGAAAUGGAGUGCCAAGGUGGUGCUGACAUACUUCAGCGUGCCCACGCUGUUCCAGAGGAGAGGAGGAGAGGAGAAGAGGAAGGAGCUCAUUCUGAAGGAGGUGGUGGGGAUCUCAGUGGAGAACGAGGUCAUCUCCGGCCUGCCCGAGCCCGUGAAGAUCACGUUUCACCACGACACCCUGCCUAAAAAUGAAACAACUCAAUGUGCUUCCUGGGACACAAGGAGAGACCCUGAGGUAGAGUGGAGAGACGAGGGGUGUAAGACAAUCCGGAAGUUUCCCAACGAAACCGAGUGCCAAUGUGACCAUCUCACCUACUUCGCCAUCCUGGUGCAACUGAAGCCACGGGUGAAAGUGCCCCACCUGGUGGCCCUGACGUACAUCUCGGCUGUGUGCUGUGCCAUCUCUGUCUUCAGCUGCAUCAUCCUCAUCUCCGCUCUCACGCGGGCACAGAGGAGGACCGGGCAGGACCAGUCCAGGCCCAUCCACCGCAGCCUGGCAGUGGCCCUCUUACUGCUGACCCUGCUCUUCCUCCUGGCCGGGGUGCUGGCCAACCUGGAGAACAAAAGCCUCUGCGUCGCCAUGGGGGCCUUGCUGCACUACGCCCUCCUCUGCUCCUUCACCUGGAUGGCCAUCGAGGUCUUCAACGCCUUCUGGCUCAUCUACAGGGUGCUGAAGCCCCUCCCCAAACACUACGCCCUAAACCUGAUUGGCUUCGGCUUGCCCGCUGUCCUCAUCAUCCUGUUUGGAACCACUUGUGACGUUUACGGCCUGCGAGAGAUAGAAUCGAAUGAUGAGAUCACCGUUCCCCACAAAAUGUGUUGGAUCAAGAACAACACCAGUGGUUCUCUGCUCCACUAUGGCACCAACAUCAGCUUCCUGGCCUGUUUGGUGUGUGCGGGCGUGGCCAUGCUGUGCCUGGUUCUGAAGAAGGUGCAGAACCGGGCUGAGUGGAAGCAGAACCGGGUCGCUUUCCUAAGCCUCUGGGGCCUCAGCUGUCUGUUUGGCUCCACCUGGGGCCUGGCCUUCCUGGAUUUCGGCGCCCUCUCUGUGGCUGUCCUGUUCCUCUGCUCCAUUCUCAACUCCCUGCAGGGUGAGUACGCGCUCUGUUCAGCUGUCGCCCCCAGCAACCAGCCAGCUAGCGGCCAGCUUCCCUCCGCAGCCACUUCUCAAUGUCAAAGGUCAAAGGUCGGAGGUGACAGCCUGGAGUUUCUGCAGAAGUGGAGGGCACGAAGGAUGGGUUAUAUGAGAGAAUGAAGUCAAGUGGGGAAAAAAAGACAAAAGUCUUGUGUGUGUGUGUUCCUACGUGUGCGUGUGUGUCUCAUACAGGUAUGCGAUGAGACACUGAACUCACGAUACGAUAUAUUUCGCGAAAUGGAAUUUAGAAGAUGAAAUUAUUUCAAAAUGAUAUUCCCUCAAGAAAUAAGGCUGAUAAGAAAACAAAAAUACAACAUGAUUGAACAAGAAAGUCUUUUUCUUUCUUCAGAUAUCAAACCCCUAUAAAUGUCAAUAUUCAUGAUGUACCAUCGUUUUUUUGUACUAGGCUAUAUCAUCUUUACAAAAUGGGUCCACAAUUGGCUGAAGUCUGCUUAGCUAGAGCCUACAUAAACUAAAACGAGAGACCAAAACGAAGCAAAUUUGAUUACAUGAAAUCGCCAAUGAAAGUAGGACCUAGUGUGUCACGAUAAUUAUUGCAACUUCAUCUAAAUGAUGAUGACUCGACUGCUCUCUGUGUUAGAGUAUAUCUUUAUACUGCUCUGUUUGUAUUACAGAUCCUCUCUUCAUACUAGUCUGUUGUAUUAGAGGGUUUCUCUUGACACCACUGUGUAUGUAUGUGUUACAAAGGUUUUCCUCCAGCUUCUCUCUGUGUGUUACACAGUCUUCCUUAAUGCUGAUCUCAGUGUUACAGAGUUUCUCUUCAUAAUGUGUGUGUGUUACAGUGUC